AUGGAGAAAUACAACAAUGCCUAUGGUGAACCUGAUCGUAGUCGAUUUCGUGUUUUUGCAGUCAUUGGUGUUCUGUUAUUUAUUAUUGGUGCGGCAUCAUUAAUCUUUUCAAUUAUUGAAUUGUUCUAUGGAAAAUCAAGUGUUUACAAUUAUGAUGAAACACAAGGUGGAUUGAAAAUUGAAAAUCCACUUUGGCCAUCAUCAGGAAAAGGUUUCUGGGUUGGAUUGGUCCUCAUGGCCACAGGUCUGGUUGGAAUUUUAGCCUUUCGUGAAGGUAGUCGAUCAUCGAUCAUUGGUUUUACUGCACUUUCGGUUGUUUCAACGAUUUUGUCAUUUUACAUGAUGAUCACGUGUAUUAUGCCAAUUCAAUAUCAAGCAAGAUAUUCGAACAACGCAAGAUUAAGUUGGGAAACAGUUGAGCUUGUUUUUAAUUCAUUAUUGAUCGCUGCUGGUGCUCUUGGUACAAUUGUUGGAACGAUUGCAUCUGUUGUUGGUGGUGCUUAUGCUGGUUGCUGUUCUGAUCAGCGUAAUACAUAUCGUUAUCAUAUGAACGCAAAUAAAUCAAUGCCGGCGACACCAGGAUCAAUGCGAUAUCCACCAGGUACUCCACAAAUGGCUGUUCCAUAUCAACAACCAACUUUUCGAAUGCCAAUGUAG